AGGUGGCCAUACUUUUAAUGCAAUAAGUCUACUUUGUGUUUCAGUCAGAUUAGCUUCGUUUAAUUAAUAGCUGUCCAAACUAUUAAUCAUUAGUUCGUUUUCUUAUCCAACAUGAUCUAACAAACCUAUAACUAGAGCUAACCAGCUAAGAAAAUGAUGGCACACUUAAAUUCAACGCUGUGGAAGCUAAAACCUUUGGCACGGAAGACCACUUCUGCAGGGUCACUGCUAGUUGCAAAUCAGCGCAAAUACAGCAGUAAAGAUGAUGCAGGCUCCGAAUACUUGCAUAGAAGUGUUGUUCCAACUAUGCACUACCAAAAGAGUCUGCCGCGAUUACCAGUACCAAAACUGGAGGAUACAAUACGGAGGUAUCUCGCAGCUCAAAGACCACUGUUAAAUGAUGAACACUACAGUAAUACAGAAAAAGUGGCACAUGAUUUCCAGAAUGGAAUUGGCAAGCAGUUGCAUGAGGAGCUUGUGGCACAGGACAAGAGGAAUAAGCACACCAGUUAUAUUUCAGCACCAUGGUUGGACAUGUACCUAUGUGCCCGUGAAUCUGUGGUCUUGAACUUUAAUCCCUUCAUGUCCUUCAAUCCUGACCCCAAACCGGAGUACAAUGACCAACUCAUUCGGGCCACUAACAUGGUGUGCUCUGCGGUGCGGUUUAUGAAGACCCUGCGUGAUGGUCUCCUUGAACCAGAGGUGUUCCACUUAAACCCUGCUAAGAGCAACACUGAUUCCUUCAAAAGGUUCAUCCGAUGGGUGCCCUCUUCUAUCUCAUGGUUUGGAGCCUACAUGGUGAAUGCAUAUCCUUUGGACAUGUCUCAGUACUUCCGUCUAUUCAAUUCUACACGCAUCCCUAAACUAAAACGUGAUGAGCUCUUCACGGACCAGAAAGGCAAUCACCUACUCGUCAUGAAAAAAGGCAUUAUGUAUGUAUUUGAUGUGGUGGACAGGGAUGGUAAUCUGGUGAAGCCAGCUGAGAUCCUUUCACACCUCAAAUACAUUCUAGCAGAUUCUGCUCUGGCUCCUGCAUUUCCCGUGGGGGUCCUGACAAGUGAGAACAGAGAUGUUUGGGCAGGGCUGAGGGAGAAGCUUAUAGAAGCAGGGAACAGAGAGGCUCUAGGGCUAGUGGACAAUGCUCUCUUUUGUCUUUGUCUUGAUGAGGAGGAGAUGCGUGACCACAUACACAUCUCCCACAAUAUGCUUCAUGGGGAUGGAUGCAGUCGCUGGUACGAUAAGUCGUUCAGUAUGAUCCUAACCAAGGAUGGGCAAGCAGGCAUUAAUCUUGAGCACUCUUGGGGUGACGGUGUAGCUGUCCUAUGUUUCCAGAAUGAAGUCUAUAAAGACAGCACAGCGAAGCCGCUAGUUGGGCCAGGAACCCGGCCCGCUACUAUAGACUCUGCUUCUGCAGUCCAGAGGCUGGAAUUCAAGUUGAAUCCUGAACUGGAGUGUGGAAUAGCAAAGGCCAAAGACAACUUCCACGCUGCUGUCUCCAAGCUCACCAUCAACGCUAUGGAGUUCAGAAGAGGAGGGAAAGAGAAGCUAAAGAAGCAGCAGCUCAGCCCUGAUGCCAUUACCCAGCUGGCCUUCCAGAUGGGUUUCCUACGUCAGUAUGGGAAGACCGUGGCUACGUACGAAUCCUGUAGUACUGCAGCCUUCAGGCAUGGUCGUACUGAGACCAUCCGUCCCGCCAGCAUUUACACACAGCGCUGCGCACAGGCCUUCGUUCAGCAGCCUGGCCAGCACAGCGUGGAGCAGCUCCAGGGCCUGCUGGACGCCUGUUCCAAAUACCACAGCCAGCUCACCAAAGAAGCAGCCAUGGGUGAGUGUUGUCUUUCCAUUUCUUCUAUCAUUACAGCUCACUAUAUUUGUAGAAUGCUGGAGAAAACAUGUCACUGUAAAUCAUUUUUAGGACAAGGAUUUGACAGACAUCUCUUUGCCCUGCGCUACCUGGCGAACACUAAAGUUGUAGUGCCAAGUCUGUAUCAGGACCCAGCAUAUGCAGCUAUAAACCACAACAUCCUGUCCACUAGCACCCUCACUAGCCCUUCCAUCAGACUCACUGGCUUUGCACCUGUAGUGUCGGAUGGUUUUGGAGUUGCAUAUGGUGUCCAUGACAACUGGAUUGGGUGCAAUGUAUCUAGUUACCCAAAUAGGAAUGUCCAUGAAUUCAUUCAGUGUGUCCAAAAGUCCCUGGAGGACAUAUUUACAGUUAUUGAUGGAAAGCCAAUUAAUUCUAGUUCAGUUUAAUUCAGGGAAAAGAAUGGUCACUGCACACUGAAGUGGAUUUAAGGUUUCACUAUAAGGUUUCACCUAAUUUUAAGGUGACUAGAUAAGAACAUGUCUAGCACUACUAGUAUAAAUCCUGUUUAUUACUUAGAAAGGUUAUCAUGACAGACCGUUACUGUGAACUAGAGCUUAUCAAUUACGUGUUGUGUACUUCUCUCAUCCUUGGGAAAUAAUCUGCAAUUAAAUAAGUGAUGAGAGGGUUUUUAGGGGGGGUGCUCAAUAACAGCAUAGUAAAUUGUUUUCAUGUAAAAUUAACUUAUCUAUUAUUGUUUCUAUUAUUAAUACCCAAGGGCAUGUUUCAUUGAGAGCCUCUGAAGAUGCUGUGACUGACUAACUGUUAAAUUGUUGGAAUUAAUUUGUGUGUAACAUAUCUAACAAUUGAUGGGGAAAAUAGUACAUCAAAGCCUGACAGGGUGUUUGUAAAGGUUAACUUCUCUAUUAAUGCACAUGUGUGUAAUAUGACUUGUAGGGCACUUUGACAAUGAUCUGAGUAAUUAAAUGCAUUACUAGAGGUUUUCUGCAGCAAAUAAUUUUAGUUGUUAAAUUGCAUCUAAACCUAUGCUGUCCAUUUUUCAACCAUUUUAAAAUUUUAUUUUAAAUCACCUGUUCUGAAAUUGAGUCAAUUAUUUAUUAAAAAAAGUAAAACAGCAGAUAAACCAGAAACAAAUGUACAAAUGCCAAAACGUGAGCCAACAACCUAAAACAAUGAUCAGAGUAGCAGCUGAUGAGCUUAGAUAGGCUUGAUCUUGAAAUGGAGGCCAAUAAGACUGAA